AUGGGGAGUGAAGAGUGGAGGCAGUGGCAGUUGGAGUGGUUGCCAAGUCCACAAAACACAUCAAGUAAUGGUUGCCGAGUCCCAGCAAGCGACUCUACCAACAAGGAGCAAGAGUUCUUUGGAUUCACAACACAGGUCCCCACGGCGAUUACCAUAUCCAUUGUGGGAGGAAAGCGAUUGUUAACGGCACUGAAGUUGAGAUGGGAAGGGGUGCACUAUUCCGAUGCUGCAAACGACUUGAUAGCCAACCAAACUAUGGGCGGCUCUUUGUCUAACUCUCCAGCCUCAAUCGCUGAAGCAUGUCGCAAUCCUCCACAGUGGUGGAGAGGACAAUGGGGACUGAAGAAGAGUGUGGAAGCAGUGGCGGUUGGAGUUGUUUUAGUUGCUGCUCUUUCAACUUCCUUCGGCCUUGUACCACAGAAGAAAUCGUGCAGCGCUUGUCAAUUCCCGGCAAUGUAUAACUUUGGGGAUUCAAAUUCGGACACUGGUAGUUUCUCAGCGACAUUUUAUCGGCUUCCUUCUCCCUAUGGCUAUACCUUCUUUGGUAAACCUUCUGCUCAAAAGUUGGGGUUUCCAUUUUUAAGUGCUUAUCUGAAUUCUAUUGGAGCAAACUUCCAUUGUGGAGCGAAUUUCGCGAUUGGAGCAUCUACGAUUCAGCCACUAGAUGUCAGGACGUUUGGAGGUGGAUAUAGCCCCAUCUCUCUUAACGUACAGCUUUCGCAAUUUGCACAGUUCAAAGCACGUGUAAAUGAGCUUUUCCCUCGAGUUUCAGAUGAAAGGUCAUACGUCAACGCCGGCCUCCCAAGAGCAGAGGACUUCUCCAAGGCCUUGUACACUUUAGACAUUGGACAAAACGAUCUUAGUGCCGGGUUAAGCUGGAAGACGGCAGACCAGCUGCUGGAAAACGUCUCCAGCAUAACAGCGCAGUUAGCCUUGACAAUCGAGCAACUCUACCAACAAGGAGCAAGAGUUUUUUGGAUUCACAACACAGGUCCGCUCGGGUGCUUGCCUUCAACUCUUGCGUAUAAGAUGGCAGAACCCGGCGACCUGGAUAAGAACGGUUGCUUGAAGCGGUACAAUGAGGUGUGUCAAGAAUUUAACAGGCAGCUCAAGGAGAGAGUGCUUAAACUAAGAGCCAAACUUUCAGAAGCAGUUCUUACUUACGUCGAUAUCUAUGCAGCAAAAUACACACUUAUCAGUGAAGCGGAGAAGUAUGGUUUUACGAGUCCUCUAGCUCAAUGCUGUGGAAGCUACGGUGAUGUCCCUGUCCGUUGUGGGGUGAAAGCUAUUGUUAAUGGCACUGAAGUUGGAGGUCCUUGUAGCAAUCCUUCUCAGCACAUUAACUGGGAUGGAGGGCACUAUUCUGAUGCUGCGAACGAGUGGCUAGCCACCCGCAUUAUGGACGGCGCAUUCUCUGAUCCUCCGGUUUCAAUCACCGAAGCAUGUCACAAAACUCCACAGUUUUGA